AUGCUGGAAGCGGGCGACUGCUCCGGCUCGGCAUGUGCCGUGCCGUCGGGUUCGCUGCUCACCAGCGGUGCGCCUGCCGGGAACGCCUUCAUGCUAGCCGCCUUCGCCGCGUUGUUCCCACCGGUGAUUUACGCGAUGCUCCGAUACAAAACGCUGGCGUACUCGCUGUUUCUGCUAGCCGCACUCGCUGUCGAGGUCGUCGGUCACGUCGGCAAGGUUUUUCUCGUUCGCGACCCGAGCAGCCAUGCGUACACGGCGGUGUGUCUGAUGGGCACCCAUUGGGGUGCUGUGCUCAUCGGGUCGGCUAUGAAUCUCGUUCUACCGCACGUGCUGGUGUUAUACGGCGAUGAGUUUCGUCUUGUAUCGGAGCCGGUGUAUCUGAAUAUCUUGUUCUUUGUGUUGGAUGUCUUUACACUUGCCUUUCAGUCCGUGGGCAUCGGGUUUGCCUCGACGGCUCGGACGGCUACCGAGGUAUCACAGGGGACUUACAUUCUCCUGACCGGUCUGGGUAUCCAGGCCGUCAACCUCCUAGUUUUUUUAGGAAUUUACCGGUACUUCAAACACAAACUCUCCCAUCGCCGGUAUAUCCUCGACGACCGGUACUCUCUUUUAUACAUGUCCCGCCGUUUCAAGUACUUUAUGAUCGGCGUCCAGGUGGUCGCUCUCCUCCUGAUCAUCCGUACCGCAGUCCGCAUCGCCGUCUUUGCCGACGGCCUGACCAGCUCCUUCGCCAGCUCUCCCGUGACGACCUUCCUCCUCGACGACACUCUCGUUCUCCUCGCCGCGCUCUUCUUCACUAUCUACCCCGUCGGCCGCGUCUUCGGUUCCGUCUGGCCACCCACCUCCCCGACCGCGCUCACCGUGUACUCCCCCAACCACGGCAACGCCCACACCCCCACCCAUCACGCCUCCCACACCUCCUUCACCCUCUCCUUCCCACCUCCACCAACCUCCCCAACCCACGGCCACACCGACAACCGUCUCCUCCCGCUUCGUCUCCGCAGACACCGCCGCAACCGCAGCUCCCGCAGCCUCAACAACCACAAACGCGUCAUCUCCCUGCCCACUCACAACCAUAACCACCUCCCCUACAACAACAAUAACCCCUCCUCCCCAUCCGCCUCCACCCCCCGUUUCAGCCCCGGCUUCACCCCCCGCGGCGGCAUGACACCGGGUCUACCCGCCCACCCGUCCCCGCGAACCCGCGCUUUCUACGAAAGCCAGGGGUACACUCAGGGGGGGUACAGCAGCAAUAACACCACUCCGCUGACUUCUCCACGGAAUCAACCGGUUCACCAGAGGAGUAUGGCAAUGCCGUAUGAUUUGGCGGCAGCGUCGCCGACGCAGGAUAUGCCGUUUUUGUCGGCCGCAGGUGGGCAGGGGCAAGGGCAAGAUAGUUCGGGGUUGGACUCGGCGAGGUGGAUGGGUUAUGAGAAUCAGCCUCUUGCUUUUCCGCCGCCGCCUCCGCCGCCUCCACCUCUGCCGCCGAAGGAAUAUGGUCGGAAGAAAAAGGGGAAGGGGGGGUCGGGGUCGGGACCGGAGAAUGAGAUGGUUGAUGGGGAUGCGUUGUGGUAA